UCAAAUUUUGUUUCUUUUUUAAUUUGUCUCGUUUAUUUUGCUAAUUAAUUUGAUCAAUUGUUCAAUUAAUUUGCUCUUUUUCUUCUUUAUUCUACAAUUAAUUUAAUCUCAUCUAAUUGGUGCUUGUGUGUGUGCGUGUAUUUGUGUGUCCAUUUAUAUAAAAUAUUAUAAUCGAUUUUUGGAUCAUUUUGUUUUUCUGUUUUUUUUUUGUUGUUUAUCGCAUUUCCUAUUUGAUUUGUUUCGUUUGUCCUUAGAGUUAUAUAAAUAAUCACAAUGGAUGAUUAUGAGUGUAUACCAAUGGAUAUAUCUGAUGAUGAAGUUGAACGUCCUUCCAUUAAAUCAGUUCUCUCAUUUGUUGUAAGAAAAAAGAAUAAGAGAGAAUUUAAAAAUAAGAAUAAGAAAAAUAAUUAUUCUAAUGGUAAUUCUAAUUCUAAUAAUCAACAUAAACCAAACUCAUCAAUUACCACACAUAUGCCGCAAACUGAUCCUGAAUUAAUUGCUAGACGAAAGUCAAGGUUUAAUAAUAAUAAUUGUAAUAAUUUAUCCCGAGGUGGUGGUGGUGCUGGUCAACAGAGAAAUUAUUAUUCCACUGGACAAAGAAAUAAUCUUUGGGAAAUAGAGCAACCUAUUGAUUUGGAAUUAGCAACACCGAUUAUUGGUACUUGCCAGGAUUUGGAGAAACAAUACUUAAGAUUAACAUCUACCGCUGAUCCAUCAACUGUUCGCCCUCAGCACAUACUUGAGAAAUCUUUGGAUAUGGUUGUACGUCACUGGAUUGAGAAGAAAGAUUAUCAUUAUACUUGUGAUCAGCUAAAAUCUAUUCGUCAAGAUUUAACUGUCCAAGUUAUCCGUAAUCACUUUACAGUCCAUGUCUACGAAACUCAUGCCAAAAUCGCGUUGGAAAAGGGUGAUCCAGAAGAAUUCAAUCAAUGUCAGAGUCAAUUGCAAAUUUUAUACGAUGAGUUGAAUAGUGUUAAUAGAGCAGAAUUUACUGCUUACCUGAUUCUUUACUACAUCUACUCAGGGAAUGUAUCAGGUCUGCAGAUAGCUAUGAGAAGGUUAGAUUCUUAUAGUAGGUCUAGUAAAAUAGUUCAGCACGCAAUAAGUGUCCGACAGGCUUGGUCUCUCAGAGACUAUCACAAUUUUUUCAAAUUAUAUCGAGUUGCUCCUGCUAUGUCUGGUAAAUUGAUGGGUUGGUUUGUUGAACGCGAAAGAAAACAUGCCUUAAAUAUCAUCGUUAAAGCAUUUCGACCAUCAGUUAGCUUACAAUAUAUAAAGAAUGAACUAGCUUUCGAGGACGCCGAUGAGAUGCUACAGUUCUUAAGCCAAUUUACCAUUGUUUACAUUGAUGAACGUACAAUCGACUGCAAGAACAGCCUAAUUAUCCCGAAUACUCAAUGAAUUUGAUUCAUUGAUUGCAUUCACCCAUUCACACACACAUACACAGUUCCAAACACUCACAGACACACAAACACACACACACAAUGAUCCAGAAAGAAAAUGAAAUUGCAAGAUUUUUAUGCAAAAAGAAAAACAAUUUGAUUUUUUUAAUUAAAGUUUUGAUGAUGAUGAAGAGGAGAAGGCGAGGAGGCGAGGAGAGGAAAACACAAAAAAAAAGUUAAUUGCGAUGUUUAAAUCAAAUCGAGACGCAAGACUCUGAUAUUUUGAUCUUAACACAAUUUAGAAGAGAAAUUAAAUCAAAAGAAGAAACGAAAAAAUUAAUUGCAGAGGAAAGUGUUAUAUAUAUGUAAUAAUAAUUAAUCAAUUAAUUAUUAGCAUAAAAAUAUUGUGAAUGUA